CAGGGAGACAGAGAGAGAGAGAGAGAGAGGUGCUGUUUACAUAGUAAUACACAAGUCCUGAGCCAAAGUCAAACAAGAAAGAACUUGUUUGGAAGGAUGGUGUCAUUCCUUUUCCAGGGCGAGCAGCACAGGGGGAGGGUCUAGUAGCCGGAGAGGGGAAGAGAGAAAGAGAAGUUACCAUUACAGACAACUCUUACUCAGCUGCACCUACAGGGGGAGAGGGAGAAAAAAAAAGGAGAACAAAAGGAAGAGCUUCAAGUAAAAGGGAGAUCCACGCUGCAGCUGCAUCCACAGGGGUAAGUGAUUUUGAUCUGUGGUGAAUCCGGAUAAUAGGAGGCAGUGGCCUGCCCUACUUCUGUUGAAGGAGGGUGGGGGGUUUGGCUGCUACAGGUUACCUAAUAAGAUAAACACAAAAAAAUGGAGGAUUCCAACAGCAGCAAGCCGUUCAUGGUGACAUCCUCUCUGAACUUCAAGGUCACUACCCCGUCCUUCUACAACCAGCCAAAGAAGUUUGCUUCGGUGGCACCGCCACGGCCCAAAAGCCUUACCCCUCCCUCUGCUCCGUCACCGACACCAGUAGGCACAGGUGUGAUUGGUCGAGUGGGAGAUCUGCCUCUGCUGCCCCCUAUGCUCUGUGAUGACUUCCCACCCCCUCCUCCUCCUCCUCCUCCAUUGGAUGAUGACUUGCCAGCACCUCCGCCUGAAUGCCACACCUUACCCACUGCCUCUGACGUCCCCCCUCCUGCCUUCCCCGCUCCACCUCCAGUGGCAGAGGACCUGCCCCUCCCAGCUCCCCCCGAGGAGAGUGUCUGUCCACCCACCUGUCCCUCUCCCCCUCCUCCCCCACCCCCCCCACCUCUCCCUGCAUCCAGUGCCAGUAUUCCCAGUGCUGCUGUGAACCCACAGAGACUAAUGGAGAAGCAGAGUAGCUUCGAUCAACAGCUUGAUUGUCUGACUGACUUGCUGUCUGAGAUGGAGACCAGGGGACCUUUUAACCCUAAGUUACCAAGCAAGUAUUCCUCAGCACCAGCACCCAAGCCUUCAGCACCUCCCCCGACUGCUCCCAAACCAGCACUCUCCUUCCUCCCCCCUCCUGAGAUGGCAGACCGGCCACCUCCAGCACCUUGGGCUGAAGAACUCAAAGCCAGAACGAACCGUCAAGCCAAUCACAACUCUGCACAAAACGCCGCUGCUCAGCCCUUUUCCAAGGCCCCGGCAGUCGCACCCAAGUCAGGUUUCGGAGGGAGAACAGCAAAUUCAUCUGUCUCUCUGGCGCAAAAACUGAACCAAAAUCUGAACCAGAAACCCACCCCAGUCAGUGCAGCGCCAAAACCAUCCCCUCCUUUUGCCAGCAGCUCUAUCCCUCCACCUCCUGCAGCUCCCCCAGCACCUCCGGCUCCACCAAACAGCAUGGUGGCUGCCCCAGCAUCGAAUCACAUUAAGAGCUCUCCUUUUGCCAGUCAAGUGAAUGUGAACCAAAAUCCUCCUGCUGCUGUGCCUCUUCCUCAACCCAAGACGAUUGCAUCUCCACCCUCCUCCUUUAACCAACCAAUGAAAACUCCCCCUGCAUCAACGCCAUCACCCCCUGGCCCAGUUCCUAUCCCAGGUGGAGGAGUUCCUCUGAACAUGAGGGAAGUUGAGGAGCUGGAGAGAAUGACCCAGGAUUUUAUUAAAAAUAUGGACAAACAUGCACCUGUCAUCACCUCCCCUCCUACAGAGGUUUGUGGGAAGUGUGGCGAGGCUCUAUCCCGCACUCAACCCGCAGUGAGAGCCAUGGAUAAACUCUUCCACUCCAACUGCUUCUGUUGCAUGAGUUGUCACCGCCCCCUGCAGGGCAUGCAGUUCUAUGACAGGGAUGGCGCUCCUCAGUGUGAGGACUGCUACAUGAGUUCCCUGGCAGUGUGUUCCCGGUGUGGAGAGAGGAUCACAGACCGUGUGCUGAAGGCAGUGGGCCAGUGUUUCCACUCCCACUGUUUCCGCUGCAGCACCUGCUCCUGCGUACUUGAGGGUGCGCCCUUCAUCACCGAUGACAACAACAACCCCUACUGUGUCCAGGAUUAUCACAGGCGCUUCUCCCCUCUGUGUGUGAGCUGCAAUGAGCCCAUCAUUCCAGCCCCAGGCAGCGAGGAGACAGUCAGAGUUGUGGCUCUUGACAAGAACUUCCAUCUCAAGUGUUACCGUUGUGAGGACUGUGCUCGUCCCCUCUCCAUAGAAGCAGAUGAAAACGGCUGUUACCCAUUGGAUGGUAAAAUCCUGUGUAUGAAGUGCCACACCCAGCGAGCCAAGCAAGCUGCACAGUGAUUGUGUGAAACAGUGAACCAAAUCCAAAAGCACAGGAUUCACUCGGCUACCGUUUUGCCUUCGCAACAGGGCUUCGUUCAGUGUGUGUUCGCGGGAGUGAAUGUGAAUGUGCUGCAUGCAGAUACAGCGUAGUAUCCCUUCGUCUCUGUUCACUUCAGUGCAGAAGUAAUGUACUGCAUUGAAAUAGACUCCAUCAUCGUUUAUUCCCCAAUCUCUAACUCUCCAAUCUCUCAUUUAGCCAUCUUUGUGAGUUUGAGCGUAUCUUUUGUACCAAUCCUAUGUUUACUCAAAAAAAAUUCCAGCAUAACUUGCACAAAGAAAUAGUUUGUCUCAAGAGCAGCCUGAAGAAUAUAAGGUUGCCUUUCUCUGUUUCCCAACUCAACAUUGUCAGUAGCACCAUGUACUGAGAUAUUUCCAUUUUAAAACUCUCACUGGCUGGUCUCCCUGUGAACGUGGUAACGAUACUGAUGUUACUGAAACAGAUUGUUACCAUCGGGUGAGGAGUAUCGAGAACCUUCCAUUCCAACAUUCCACAGUUUAUACCACUCUGGCUCCAUCAAUAGAGCAUCUUCAACACUUUGGCAGUCGCUGUGCCUGCCAGCAUGGUUAAUGAUGCUUCCCUAGAAACGGCUGUGUAUCAGCCAAUCUGCUCUGAUAGCUUUGUAAAGUCGUCUGGGGCUAAACAUUGACUUGCAAAAAAAAAGAUCAAUACAGUGAAUGUUGUUCUUAGUUUCUUUGUGAUGCAAAUCUGAUCUUUUACAGGCAUGCCUUGAAUUUAUGUCUUGUUGUUUUCCUUUUAUGAUCAUAAGUAUAAGGCUUUUUUUUUUCUUUCAAAAAAUAGUUUAGAGCUGAUUCAACAGUAUUACAUAUUUUAGAUGCAUGCUUUAUAUGCACAAAUUAUGAACAAACUGAAUAGCACAGAAUCCAUUCCAGGGAUCUCACGAUUUAAAAACAGUGUAGUUAAAAAUAUCAACUGCAUGGCUGAAAAUAGGACCUAUUAUGUGAUUGUUGCACAGUUUCAUUGUGAAAUACAAAAAUUCCUUCAGUGUCACUUUGACGCUAAAGCCCCUGCACAUGAUACAUUUUAAUUAAACACCUUCUCAAGACAUAAUAGUAUCAUUUUUUUAUAUGCAUUUUUUAAAAAUGUUUUGCUUUAAAUAAUAUAAUUUAAGUACCUUUUUUCCUAUUAUGCAUUAAGGUUACAUGUGUACCAGUGCUAAAAUAAACUGUUGUGACAACAGGAAGUCGAUCAAUAGAGGUGUUAGCUUUGAGCUUUAGGUAACAGAUGUUGAAACAUACAGUAGUGACCAAAUAUUUCAGAGCUGUUUGCGAGAUUGGGGUUACUAAAACAAUUAUGUUCAAUAUUUUGACAUUCAUGUAUGUUUUUUGUGUUUGAGCCCAGUUUUUUUCUCUCGAUCUAUUCUGUUGAUUCAGUAAAUGCCACUAUUCUUUCCGUUAUUCAUCUUUUGUACUUGUACUAUUUUAUUCCUAUGUUAUUGUACUGUAUUUCAUUGAUAAAUGCCUUCAAUUAUUUGUUUAUCACUUCUAGCCGGGCAAUGUGCCUCCAGACUCUCUUGUAUUCCAUUGAUCCUUUUGAAUUGAGCCCCAUUUGCAGCCACAGAAGCAAAUUCCUCAAUUUACUCAAACUUGUUACACGUGCUUGCAUCGAGCCUGGUGCAGUAUAACACCAGAAAGAACAACAGAACAUGGCAACAGUGAUCCAGCAUUGCAUGCUAACUGUGUGGGCGGUGUUGGCCUUUCCUCUAGUAUUAUGUCUUUUGUUUGCAGCAACCACUCCUCCUACCUUUGUGGCCCUACUUUUGUCGUCACCAUGUGAUAUUUUACAUAUAAUAAUGCCUUCACAGUUGCAUUUAUCUUUCUAUGUGUUAGGUCCUAUCGUAUUACAUGCGGAUGCCUUGUCUUUUCUUAUAACUUUUUUAAAAUAAAUUUCCUGUUUAAAGUGUGAAUGUGUAUAUGUUUAUAAAACAAUAUUUAGCCCCACCCCUCCAUCCUCCGGCUGUAUCAAAAGAUAAACAACUAAAUAAAUAAAAUGCUAAAUACCAAA